AUGGAUCCACCAUUUCCUGGCGAAGGACAACCUUCCAGCUACACGAAUAAUCUCCCCGGUCACGGGCAACAAUCACCUUGCGUGCCAGAGCUCACCGGUAUGGAGUCAUACUAUGCCCUCUCUUCGGGUCCCCAAGAUCAAGCAUCUCAUCUAUCAUCAGCCUGUCCCCUCCCUCUGGGCCCAGUCCUGCCACAGCAUCAGGAGAAUCAGCAACAGCGGUCACAUCCGGCUCAUGAUGCGAACCCGUACGCCUCCAGCUUCUCAGGUUUUCAAUACCCACCUCGAAGCCAUCAUCAAGGCUGGCCUUCACCUCCACCAGGACCUGAUGAUUAUGACAACUACUCAUAUCAAAGUUCCCCAAGCAGUGGCAGCGCCCCAAUGAGCUGCUACAACCUUUCACCCAUCUCACCGAGGACGUGGUCCUCUCCAGACUUCCCUCUGCAUCAGCCAGAACCCCUUCAGAGCCAGCAGAACUCACUCAAGAACCUUCGAAUUGGCACUCCAACAUCGAACGAAGGAUACCCCGUCAGAGGCCCUGGAGCUCUGACGCCUUUCGCAGGCGGUAACACGAGGCAGGGCUUUGAGGGUGAGAAUGACGGUCUGCCACGCAACUAUUCCCCAGGAACAGUCCCCAGCUCAUCAGCCGGAGCACUAUCUUGCACCAGCUCUCCACAAGAGCAUCUUCUCGGAACCCCUGUGCACAUGGAGACUCGUCAGGACUCUCCAGCAGGCGAACUAGGGCAUUGUGCUAGCUCAGAAGUGAAGACGGAAGCUACAGAGCUUAGAAGUGCUACGGUGAACGCCAAGGCCGAGGAACCAUACGCCAAGCUCCUUCACAGAGCUCUCAUGAGCGCUCCAGACCAUGCAAUGACGCUCCAAGAGAUCUACCAGUGGUUCCGUGAGAACACCGACAAGGACAUCAAGAAAGACAAAUCAGUGAGGAGACCAGGCAAGAAUGCUGAAGGUUGGCAGAACAGCAUCCGCCACAACCUGAGCAUGAAUAAGGUACGUUGA